AUGGCGCCUAAAACCUUGCGCGCCCGCUCCUCCAACGAGCGCCCAGCAACCUCACACCCAACAGUACCUAUUUCUGGUCUUCGGGAUGUUUCCGAGACCUCCAAGGGAAAGGCCUCGGCCAAGCCUGAGGCCGCCAUCGCAGUGUACAAGACCAAGGGGGUCGGUGGGAUCCAUCUACUCGGCAUUGGUGGGCAGUUCGACAAUUAUGUCCUGACAACCAGCGACGGCAACAGACGCCCCCGCCGCAUGGUCGCAGCGACGAGCCAGACCUCGAGAACCUGA